UGUUGGUAACGUCGUCUGCUGCUUCACAUGUUGACAUGUGAGAAUUUAGUCACGUCGUAACUGUUUUCUCACAUUUAACAAUGUCACAAAACUCACAAUACAAAGAGGAACAAUUGGGCGAGAUUUUCUCCUUGGAAUCCAUUUACCCUGAUGAAUUGGAGGUUCUGGAAGAGGAACCAUUUCACCAGUUUAAGCUACAUGUGAAAUCGGAAGGUCACGAUGAAGAAGAAGGAAUCGGUUAUGCCUGCGAUUUAAAGUUUACUUACACACCAACAUACCCUGAAGAAAUUCCUGUGAUUGAGAUAAUGGAUGACCUAGGGUUGGAUGACGAGCAGUUAGAAAGGCUAAAAGAUCGUCUUGAAAAGGAAGCAGAAGACAAUCUAGGCAUGGUGAUGAUCUUUUCGUUAGUCUCAACUGCCAAUGAAUGGUUGAAUAAUGAAUGGGAUGCUGAGCUUCGUCAUCGGGAUGAGGAAGCAGAAAGAAAAAUAUUUGAAGCUGAAGAAGCAGAGAAAAAUAAAUGUCAUGGUACUGCAGUUACUGUAGAAAAUUUCCUAAGAUGGAAAGCCGAAUUUGAUGCUGAAAUUGCUGCCCUGAAGAAACCAGAGCGAGAAGAUAAAGAUAAGAAACUUACAGGAAGGGAGCUGUUUAUGGUUGACAAGUCCAUGAUUGAAUCUGAUUUGAAAUUUUUGGAAGAUGGUGGAGAAGUGGUCAGGGUGGAUGAAUCACUUUUCCAAGAUUUAGAGGAUCUUGGUCUAGAUGAUGAGCUUGUGUCUGAUGGCAGUGAUUAAAAUGUAAUGAAAACA